AUGUCCAAGGCUGCUAAUCGAAUCUCUGUGCUCAACUCCCGCUUUCUGAAGCGCACCUUUUCCGGCACCCCAAAAAUGAGCACCGAAAUCGAAACUCCCGUUCCUGCCGCCGCCCCGCCCAAGCCUGCUCCCACGAAAAAGUCCGCCCUCACCACCGAUGCCCUUGUGGUCCGCAAAAACCUCAAGACUGACCGCUAUGAGCUCCUCGCAAUUCAGCGCGGUCGUGAGCCCCACAUUGGCAAAUGGGCUCUUCCUGGCGGCUUUGUCGAGUAUGGCGAAGAUCCCACUGUCGGUGUGCUGAGAGAGCUCGAGGAAGAGACCCAUCUGGUUGGAUACCCUGAUGUCCACCUCAUCACUGUCCACGGCAACCCCAAGCGCGAUCCCCGCCAGCACAUCGUCACCGCUGCCUACGCUUGCAAGGUCAAGCCCGAGACCCUCAAGGAUCUCGCUGGCUCCGACGAUGCCGCUGAUGCCCGCUGGAUCGAAUUUGAGACCGCUGGCCUCGAGGGCGGAGCCGAGCUCGCCUUUGACCACGGCGAAAUCGUCGCCAAGUUCCGCAAGUGGUUCAAGGAGACGGGCGAGCAGCAGGGCUUCUAUGUCGAAGAUCCCGAGGGAAAGCAGCCCGGCGCCCAGUAA